GUUGAGGUUCCCUUUUAAAAUGUUACCUUUGAGGUCGUAUAAUUCUGGUGUUUUAUUAGGUAACUGGUGGGAGGAGAGAAUAUUAGAAAAAGAGGAAAGGUCUGCGCGCUUCAGUAAAAAUGAGGAUAAGGUGUCAUCUACACACUUUCUCAGUUUACUCACAGAAAGUAAUCCUACUAUGGUAGGCUUUAUCAGCUGACUAUACUACUGAAUUAAGAUUCAAUGCUCAGCGAUGCCGUCAGAUGGAUAUUUGCGUUUUGGGUCUAAUGUUCAGAUAUUAAAUCCAGGAUCAUCUCCAUAUUACAUAAAAUGUGGACUUGCGCCCACACGCCCACCUUAUGCUCUUGGACUUUCGAUAGAUAUCUCAUGCAACUUAACUUUGGAACUUUCUAAUUCCGAUGACAAUAUUUUUCAGUCGUUGGGAAGAAACGGUCUACUGAGUGUUACCGCAUCAAAGAAUAUACAGCCUUCUGCAAAAAAUGUUUUCCGGAUAUUCUGUUUACACGAGAGUCAAUAUGGUCGAGUAAUUCGUUAUGGUGAACCAUUUGUGUUUGGAUUACAGCCGGAUAUCAUCUCAUCAAAAUGUAAUGCUGCACUAAAAAAGAAGUUAAAUACAGAUCAAUGCUUAUAUUUGGCUAGUGAUUUACAACACCUAGGUGAUCAAAAUUUACAGCCAGGUGCACAAAAUCUAUACUUCGAAGUUGGGAGACCAUCAUUUCUGUCUCAGUGGCGUUUAGAGUAUGAAGAUCCGCACUUACGUAAAGAGUUUGAAGGUAGGCCAGUAAAGUCUGACCAAAAGUUAAUCAUCAAACAUGUUCGAAGUAAUAAAGCAUUAGCCUUAGAGCCAGGUUUUACAGCUCGAACACUAUUCGGACAAGAAACCUGCUUAAGCGUACGAACAUACUAUGAUUCCCAUAAACUGGAGCGUGAUGUCAAUGUUUGGAUGUUAGCAACAGCUAAACAACAAGGUUUAUCAUGUAUUUCAGAUGAACAAGCACCACACAAAGUUCUUGAAAAUACUUCUUUGGAAAGUGAUUAUGCAGCAGGAUCAAAUCUUAGCGAUGAAAAACAAGUUCAUUUUGAGCAGAAUACCAAUGCAUCUGAUGCCUGAAUAAUAAUAUAGACUUUUAUUAUCUUAUAGGUGUUUAGUUAACUACUUAGAAGUUUAAAAGUAGUUAAACAGUGACAAACAAUUAUUCAUCAAUAUGUGUAGGUGAAAUUUUACAGUAGAAUACCUAUCAAUUCAUCAUCCCGUAUUAGCUGAAGCAUAAAAUACAAUUCUAAUUCAUGCACAUCAAAUCAACUGCUUUUGAAAUGUUUACUAAUAAAUAUUUCAUAACAAUCAAAAUAGUGUUAUUUAUUUUAAAAGAUUGUUUUUUUAUUUUGAUGUAGCUGAUAAAUAUCUAUUUGAAAUUACAUAGUAAAUGAUAA